GGUGCGCAGCAAACGCAGCAGCGGCCAGGGUCAUUAUCGCCAAAUCCUAUGAUGAACCCUGCUGCUUCCCCUGACUCCCCUUCCCUGUAUAAAGAGGAGGCUCCUUCCUCCUCUCAUUGUCGCCGCAUCCCUCCCAAGUCCCCCAAGCUCAGAGGAACUCAGGCAACGGCCAUACAUUCCGGAGGCCAAAAAGAAAGAAAGAAAAAAAAAAGUGUAGCCUCCGCCCCCGCACAAAGCUUUGGCUUUCCUGUCCUCGUCCUCCUCGUCCUCGUGGCGUCGCAACUCGCAAGAUCACUGUAUCCAUAACAAGAAGCUAAAUCCUCAGGGGAUGCUGAAAGAUGUGCUUUCAUAGAAGAGAUUUCUGCUGCAACAUCAAGGACCUAGCUGCUCUGCAAGGUCUGCUAGCCUGCUCGUCUCUUCAUGUGAGUGAUCGUCUCACCUGCAUCUGCAUCAACUCCACACCCUUCAGACUCCGGCACGACCAAGCCAUAAGAAUGCUGUUCACCGUCAUGGACCAUGACAUGGGGGAGGAGGGCUAAAUCUUUGCUGUCCACCUGAUUGGCAACACAACUCAAGAUAAAGAUAUGGAGAUCAGAGGGAAGACUUUGAUGGAGCGGUAUGAGCUGGGGAGGUUGCUGGGGAAAGGCACAUUUGGCAAGGUGCACUAUGGAAGGAACCUUGAGUCCAACCAGAGCGUUGCUAUCAAGAUGAUGGACAAGGACAAAGUGCUCAAGGUCGGGCUUUCAGAGCAGAUUAAGCGUGAGAUCAGAACAAUGAGGUUAGUGGAACAUAAGAACAUUGUUCAUCUUCAUGAGGUCAUGGCGACAAGAAACAAGAUCUAUAUUGUCAUGGAGUAUGUGAAAGGUGGAGAGCUCUUUGACAAGAUUGACAAGAGUGGCAAGCUCACAGAGGCUGCUGCACACAAGUACUUCCAGCAGCUCAUUAGUGCAGUGGAUCACUGCCACAGCCGAGGUGUGUAUCACCGGGACUUGAAGCCUGAGAACCUGCUGCUGGAUGAGAAUGAGAACCUCAAGGUGUCGGAUUUUGGACUGAGCGCGCUUUCAGAGUCAAAGAGGCAAGAUGGGUUGCUCCAUACUACCUGUGGAACGCCGGCAUAUGUAGCUCCAGAGGUGAUCAGCAAGAUAGGCUAUGAUGGUGCAAAAUCAGACAUCUGGUCUUGUGGUGUUGUCCUGUUUGUUCUUGCUGCUGGUUAUCUCCCUUUCCAGGGCCCAAACUUGAUGGAGAUGUAUCGGAAGAUACAGCAUGGUGAUUUCAGGUGCCCAAGUUGGUUUUCACACAAACUCAAGAAGCUGUUGUACAAGAUCCUGGACCCCAACCCGAGCACAAGAAUUUCAAUUCAGAAGAUAAAAGAGUCUACUUGGUUCCGGAAGGGUCCUGGGGAGAUCCGUGCAGUAAAGGAGAAAAUUCUUAGCGAGAAUGCCACCACAAAUUCUGACCCAGUGCUUGCUACUAGGCGCAAGAAGAUUGCUCAAGAAGAUAUGAAGCCCCUGGCUGCCACAAACCUAAAUGCCUUUGAAAUUAUCUCAUUCUCAACCGGGUUGGACCUGUCUGGUCUAUUUGUCAAAAAGGAGUGCAGAAAGGAGACGAGGUUCACUUCAGAUAAACCUGCCUUGGCCAUCAUCUCAAAGCUUCAAGAGGUUGCAAAAGCACUGAAUCUCAGGAUAAGGAAGAAAGAGAAUGGCAUUAUCAAGAUUCAAGGGAGGAAGGAGGGGAGGAAUGGUGUCCUUCAGUUUGACACUGAGAUCUUUGAGAUUACAGCAUCCUACCAUCUCAUUGAGAUGAAACAAACAAGUGGUGAUUCAGUUGAGUACCAGAAACUGUUGGAAGAGGACAUCCGGCCAGGGCUGAAGGACAUUGUCUGGUCCUGGCAUGGAGAUGAUCUGCAGCAAAAGCAGGAGUAGCUUCGGAUGUCUCACAUAGAUUUUGUUCUGAAAAUUCGUUGGAUUUUCAGCUCAGAGUGAUUCUGUUCUACAUUUGAUGUCUUAUUUUUUUAGCAGCUAUAUUCUUUUUAUGUAUUGGAGGAGCAUGGUGUUGAUGUGAACCAUUAGGCUAUAUAUAUUUUGUUGAGUUGUUGUGUUACAUUCCGAAGAUUGUUCCAGUUUUGUAAUGGCUGUAAAUAUCAAUAAUGAAAUUAAAUGUUGUUGAUCCUUAAAAAAA